AUGUCGGACUCGCUUCCUUUCGAUCCUGUCGCAGCCGCACCCUCCGCUGCAUCCUCUACCGACUUGCAUCUUCGCACGCGGUUAGGGACUCAAUACAACGAUGCCGGUCCUCCCGUCAACUCACGCGUUGCACAGGGGACCGACGAAACCCGCGCAGAUCCCGGCAGCAGCGGCGGCGUCCGCGCAGCAUGGACGCCGUUUCGGCGGGACCUGGUGGUGCUGGGCGCGGCGUUCCUCGCGCUCUUCGCGGCGUACAGCGCCAUUCAGAACCUCGAGACGUCGCUGCACCCGCGCGCCGGCAUGGGCGCCGUGUCCCUUGCCGUGAUCUACGGCGGCAUCGUCGUGUUCGCGCCGCUCGCGCCCGCCGUGAUCCGCUAUUUGCGGCCGCGAGGCGCCAUGCUGGUGGGCAUGUCGGGGUACUGCGCGUACAUCGCCGCCAACGCCGUCGACUCCAGCUGGGUGCUGCUGCUGUCCGCGGGGUACUUGGGCGCGAGCGCGUCCGUGCUGUGGGUGGCGCAGGGCCUCUACAGCGUCAUGCUCGCGCGCGGACACGCCGCCGCCGCGGGCGUGGCGGAGCAAGCAGCAAUCGCGGAGUUCAGCGGAAUCUUCUGGGGAAUCUUCGCGGCGAACCAGGUGGUGGGCAACGCCGUCACCUUCCUCGUCUGCCAGCUCAUGGCACUCCUCUUCCCCGCUGCUCCUGCUGUGCCUUCUGCGUUUGCUACUCCCGCUGCUGCCUCCCCUGAGAGCCUUCCCCCCGCUACAGUCACGGUGCUGAUAGUCACGUUUCUGCUGUUCCUCGCGCUGGCCGCCGCGCUGACGUGGCGGCUGACAGACCUGUCAGAGGACCACCCCCUUUGCUGCCCCGCGCCCACUCUUCCCGUUGAUGGUGUGAGAGUGGGGGAAGGGAGAGGCGGCAUGGGGGGGGAAGAUGAGGAGGAGGGGAGUGAGAGGGGGGAUGAGGGGGAGGGGAAGGCGUUGCUGGGAAGCGAAGCAGUGGCCGGGCGAUCAGAGGAGUGCGGGGGGGCGGAGCAGUCAGGGGCGGCAGGAGGGGCGGGGGAAGGGGCGGGCAGCAGGGCAAAGGGGGGCCGCAGCGCGUGGGAGCUGCUGGGGGAGCGGCGGCUGCAGCUGCUGCUGCCUCUGCUGCUGUACAUCGGCCUGCAGUCCGCCUUCGUUGCGUGCGUCCCUGCCCCACGCGCAUGCCCCUUCCGCCCUGUUUCUUUCUGCCAUACCCUGCCACGCCCUGCCAGUAGUACCCACAAUCCUUCUUCCCCUGUCCUUCCCCACCACCUCCUCCCCCCACUCCCCAAGCGCAGGGCGGACUUCACGCUGUACGUGGUGCGCCCAGCGCUGGGAGUGGCGUGGAUCGGCGGGGUCAUGUCCGUGUUUGGCGUCGCCAACAGCCUCGCGUGCAUGGCAGCGGCGCGCCUCUCCUCAGGGCUGCACUCCAUCCUCGCCACGCUGCUCAUCGGUGCCGCCUGCCAGAUCGCCGUGCUGCUCUCCCUCAUGCUCCUCGCACCCUUCACCGCCCCCUCAUGGGUGGCCUUCACGGGGGUGCUGGUGCAGGCAGUGCUGUGGGGGGUGGGGGAUGCCGCCUUCCAGUCACAGAUCAACGCACUGCUGCCCCUCGUCUUCCCUCGAGACAUGGACGCCUCGUUUGCGCACAUGAAGAUGUGGACCAGCGCUGCUUCCUCCCUCAUGUUCCUCCUCAGCCCGCACCUCUCCAUGCCCGCCAAAGCAGCCUUGCUCACCGCCUCCUGUGCUGCCUCCCUGCCUCUCAUGCUUGCGGUUGUGCACGUGCCAUAG